GCCGAUAAUCGCUUUUGCAAUCAUUGUAGCAAUGCUUAGCUUCACCCUUCUCACUUCCCAUUUCAUACCAACAACACCUUCUCAACCGGAAUCUUCACCAAAUCUCAUCAACACUUCUUUUCGAUCGCACCUAAGGAAGCGUGGGUGAGUUGCUGUUGUUGUUUUGUUGGUCGGGACUUGGAAGCUUCUACUAGAUCCGUUGGAGUUGGAGGGUGGAUCAAAAGCUAGGGUUUCACUCGCUGUUGUGAUUUUACGUGUCCCGUCAGAGCCUUAACUUGUUCUUGUUUUUGGUAUUUGCGUAGGUUUUACGGGUUGCGAGUUAUGUGAGUUAUCAUGCUUCAUCUUCAAUCUUACCGACAUAUAGAUUGGGAGGGUGUUGCACUGUUCGGUGUGGUGGUUGAAAUAGUUUCAUACCUGAGAUGUUUGCAAGCUAGCUAAUAUAGCUGUCUCUCGUGCUUUCUUUCCUUUUGCUUAUGGCUAAAUAAAGAUAUUAACUUCUGAAAGGGCUGCUAGAGUGAUCGUUUAGGCUUUUUUGGCGUUGGAAUGAGCAGCUUAAGACCGGAAUUGCAUGUCGCACAACAACUUCGUCGCGAUAAAUUGAGGAUCCAAAACAGUUCCCAAAACUUGCAACAAGAUUUCCCCAACAACCUAGAACAAAUAUCGGGGUUCAACUUGGAUCUCCUUCAAGUAAGAAACGUUCGAAAUGGCAACAUGCUUGACGAUGCCGCAGCUCUUUAUUCAUCGGAAAUGAUAACCUUUUCAACCGCUUCAAACCCUUUAUCUGCUCCCAGAAACCCUUUGGAGUGUCAAGAGCUCAUGAUGGCUCAGUAUGGUUCAACUUCGUUCCCUCAUUCAUCCCCAAAAGACCAACAAUGCGAACCGCGAAACUUGGGUGCUAGUUGGAUGGUGAAUUAUAAUGAAGGCAACCACAACACAUUCUUCCCUUCCGAACUCAAUAACAACGCUUCUGGUGAAAUGGCCAACCGAGAAAUUCAGAAGCAGUUAGGGGAAAUGCAUUAUCCUCCGGCUGCAACGCCGCUUUACCAUAACGCUUUGCAGGACAUGGCUUAUGGCGUUUGGGGAGGGAAUAACGGUGAGCCUGUGAUUAAUCCUAGCUAUGGAACUCAAGGAAACAACGAGUUACGUUUUGGGGGUGCUAAUUUGUGGACAAAUAGUCCAUUUGGUUUUAAAAAGAUUAGCGAACAGGAACCAAAUCCUCAGACUCUAUCGUUGUCACUUUCAUCGAACUCAAACCACAAUUCCAAGCCUUGUUUUGAAGAGGGGUCAGCAUCAGAUGACCCUCAAUAUUCAAAGCCUGAGAAAUCCACCAUGAAGCUGAACGUUCUAGCAAACAACACUGUAUAUCGAAAUGUUGGUCCUCUUGGUCCUUUCACCGGUUAUGCAACGAUUUUGAAGAGUUCAAGGUUCUUGAAGCCGUGCCAACAGUUAUUAGACGAGUGGUGUUGUCAAUCUGGUUCAAAAUUUGUGAAGGGAGGGGUUUGUAAUGUUCCAGAGUGGGUCUCUAGAGAUGUCAGUGCUGCUUCUACUUCUGCUGCUGCUGAUGCUCUUAAUGUGGAAGAAAGUGUGGCUGCUGCAGAAGGUGGUAGCAAUUCGGGUGCUUCAUUGUAUAGUUCAAAUGAAAAUACUAAUAGCGCCGAUGGCGGAGCCGCGAGUAGCUUUUGUCUUUCUUCUCGGCCAGAGUGCCAAAAGAACAAGGCCAAACUACUGUACAUGCAAGAUGAGGUUACUAGGAGAUACAAGCAAUACCAUCAACAAAUGCAAAUGGUUGUUCAAUCCUUUGAGUCAGUAGCGGGUCUUAGUUCUGCUACCCCUUAUGUCUCCUUGGCUCUCAAGUCAGUAUCGAAACACUUCAGGUGCCUAAAAAAUGCAAUCUCAGAUCAACUGAAGCUUACAUGUGAAGUAUUGGGAGAUGAGUUUUCAAUACCAACCACAAGUACUAGUUGUAAGUUGGACAAUAAUAUGGCAAGGUUAAGGUGCAUGGACCAAAGCUUUCAAAAAAACAAAUCUGGCGGGGCUAACAUAAACUUUCUUGAGCCCCAACAACACGUAUGGAGGCCCCAGAGAGGGUUACCAGAACGAUCGGUGGCAAUUCUUAAAGCUUGGCUAUUUGAGCAUUUCCUUCAUCCGUACCCCACGGACACUGAUAAACACAUGUUGGCUACUCAAACAGGUCUAUCACGAAACCAGGUAUCAAAUUGGUUCAUAAAUGCUCGAGUCCGUGUGUGGAAGCCAAUGGUUGAGGAAAUACACAUGCUCGAAACAAAGGGCGCAACAGAAGCCCACCAAGCCUCAAGUAAAAAUGAUCAGGGAGCUUCUGCCUCUGAAGGUAGCAACCAUCACCAACCUGUGAGCAGGUUCAGCACACAUGCAUCAUCACAUGCAAUCCCUGAAAAGCAAUUUCAUUGUUUGGAAAUGGGGUCAUCCUCCUCUGCAGGCAAUGAGGAACACAUUGGAAUGGACGAAGAUCAAUGGAAUCAAGAGAAGAGGUCUAAACUUGAAUGCCAGCUUUCCACAGCACCAAACAUUGAUGGCACAAUGAUGGGUUUUAUGCCAUACAGAAGAGGUGGACUUGAGGUUGGUGGUCUUGGAUCAGUGUCACUGACUUUAGGGCUUAGGCACGGUGUUGAAGGUGUACAACAACAACAACAGCUACAGCAUGAGGAGGAGCUUAGGCGUCAAUUUGGAGGGCACAUGAUCCAUGACUUUGUGGGUUAGCUAUGUAGCUUCUUGUCAAGGAAAUUCUGAACCCUUUUGCAUGCUGCUGAGUCACGUCCCUUGAAUGUGGCAAAAAAAAGUUUUGUUUACAUUUAUGGCUCAGUCCUUCUGAAUUGAUAUAUUGGGUGGCUAACCUUCCAACAUUGGCAGAUAAGCAGUGGCCAAUGUGUUGUAACAUGCAAAGAUGGAGUGGGGCAGGACAGCUUUAAGGUUAAGUGUCUCCGUCCACAUUUCUGUAAUAUUCAACUUAAUGUGAUUUUGGGCACCUACAAAGAAAAAAGAACAGCAAUAUUUAUACUCAUAAAUACUACUCCUCUAUCUAUAACUAUAUUUAUACAUCUCCAAUCAUAGGCAUGUUAAAAUGGUGAACUGAACUUGUAUUCAAUCCAUAAAAAAUGG